CAAGGUUCUCGAGCUUAAAAUUCAAAAAUGUCGACAACUAUAUGUAGCGCUAGACCAUCGUUCUUGAUUUAAUGGUGUCAAAAAUGGCGACAAUGUAUGGGACGGAUAGACAUCAGUCCGAAUACCGCAAAUAAAUAGAGCAUACCUUCCUUCAUUCGUUCGUAUUCGAUAAUAAGUUGGUAUGCCUUCGAAUGUAUGCCGUCCGUCCCCGAAUUUUCAGGAAAUGCACCGCUGUCAGCACACGGGAUGGCAUGCGUAAAUGGGGACGUGCUUCUCCAAGCCUCCCAUGCCAAAUGAUUUUCACCUCGAUUGUUUAACUGAUCAUGAGGUAGCACCAUUUGCUUUCCUCCGUAGAAGUUUCUACGUUCCGUUUCGGCAACGCAUUUUUCCCUUGACACGCAGGGCGGCGACUUCUUUCGCAAGAUAUCUCGCGAGUUCCAUCCUCGUUGCGAUGUUGCCGCCAUCACUUUUGAUGGCUACUUCAACGCAGCUGAAGGAAAAAUAAAAUGUGAGGGACUGCGUCGCUUCUUCUUAGACUCGCAACGUGAGCCAUCUGUCAAAACUCUGCGUGAUGAAUAUGACGUUGACGCGGCUUUUCAAAGUUUUGUGCUUGCGAGUGGCAACCUGCUCAUAGGAAAAUCUACAGUCGACGAGGAUUCAAUGAACGAUCCGCUAUCGCAUUAUUUCAUCAACAGCUCUCACAAUACAUAUUUGCAUGGGCACCAGCUUUUUUCAAACCCUUCUGCAGCAGCUAUCAAGCGCGCCCUGCUGCAUGGCUGCCGGGUGAUAGAGCUAGACUGCUAUGACGGUGGGAGGAAUGGCCCAAUAGUCAUGCAUGGUCGUACUGCAACAUCCCCGAUCACGUUUCGAAAUGCAAUCAGGAUCAUUAACGAGUUUUCCCAUGCAAUGUCUAAUUACCCAGUGCUGAUCACCCUGGAGAAUAAUUGCAGCCACUGGAAGUGCUCCGAAUUGGCGCAAAUACUUCUUGAAGAACUUGGAGAAAAGCUUUUUGUUCCUCCAGAAGAAGUCAGGGAAUCAUGGCUGUCCCCAGCUGCGCUUCGAGGAAAGAUUUUGAUUCGCAGCAAACUCAAAUAUCGUGAGGAAAGUCGUGUGAAUUCCUCGUGCUGGUGUUCGAGUAGUUCUGGGAAAAACACCGCAAAUACAGACUGCGCGGCGCACCUUAAAUUGCUAGCUUGGGAUCGUUCAGCAGUAGAUGCUGUUCAGAAAAUUAUAGAUCGGUGCUUUCCAGUAUGCGGGGCACAAAACGUGCGUUCCUGCGCACUUUCUCCAUCAGAUGAAACAAAUACUUCGGCAACCUCGGCAACAGAGUUUUCCUCACUGGUGUACGUCGAAAAUGUGAAGUUGCCAACUCCCCAUCAGUCCACUUCACUGAAAUCACUGCACUCCUGCUCAUGGAGCGAAUCAAAGCUUGUGAGUCAAGUUGAAGAAAUUGGUAGGGAGCUGAUUGCCGGAUUUGCAAAGCGGCAUAUGUUGAGGUGCUACCCAUCUGCAAAAAGAAUCACGUCAGAUAAUUACGACCCGUCUCUUGCAUGGUCUGUCGGAGCGCAGAUGGCUGCCCUGAACUUUCAGGCUGAUGACAUUUCGAUGUGGAUAAACCGGGGUAAGUUUCUGGCAAACGGGGGUUGCGGGUUUGUACGAAAGCCAGAAUAUCUCAUCGGCUCCAAGCUUGGUCCACCAAAUGUUCCUGCUUGUACGCUCAAUAUCACUGUCGUGGCCUGUUCUGGCUGGACCACUUUCGAAAGAUUCCACUCGUACGAAACACCAACGACCUACAUUCGAGUUAGUUUGGCUGGAAGCAUUCUGGACAAUAAAUCGUGUGUAACUUCUGCCUUCAGCAAACGCAAACAGUUCGGACCUUACGCGCAGCCAUUUUUCAACGAGACCUUUUCGUUUGAUAUUUUUGAGCCAAGACUUUCGACGCUUCUAUUUUCUGUACAUGCUAAGGAAUCUACUGCACACGAUGCUUUCGUAGCACAGAGCUGUUUCCCUGUAACCUUACUUCGUCCAGGCACACGACUUGUACCUUUGUAUGAUCAGUACGGCAAGUACGUUGGUGAGGCCGGUCCGCUGUGCGCGCGUGACCUAUUUCUUCAUAUGCUAUUGUUCCACGUCUUAUCCGAGAUAGUCUCUACUGAUUCUUGGACUUCUUCUUCCAUCCUUCCUCGCUUUUUGGAUUCCUGCAAUGCUCCGAGGCGUUGUCAUGGUCUGCACCAUUUUGUGACCCUGGUUCUUGGUGGUCAAGGAAAAACCGCUUGCAUGGUCGUCAAAAUAAAAAUAUUGGAUUCCGUUUAGACAAUGAAGAAAAGAACUCGACGACAUUGAGCUUGCCACGCUCGUAAUUUUCACGGAAUGAGACUGCGCUUUCAUGGUCAUUUAUUCAUUGCCGGCGUUAUUUUUUAUUAUUGAUUGUUGUGAAAAUGGUUGCCUAUACGAAUGAAGGUACCUUCGUUCGAACGAAGGUACGUAUAGCGUAUAGGCAUUCAUCGAAAAUCGUUUUUUUGCGUAUAGGCAUCGUAUAGGCAUCAAAAUUCGCUAUAGGCAACAUAUAUAUAGGCAACAUAUCAUUAGU